GAGCUGGUGGUCGCCGCAUCCGGCAGUUGCUGUUCGAGGCUCGAAGGAUACGCACGGCUCUGGUGGACGACGGAAGUUGGUUUGAAAAUGCAUCGGGACUGAGUGCCGAAAGUGAGUGCGUGUGGUGAAUUCUCGCCGAAGAGAGUCCGGAAGAGAGGCGCGGAGUGUGCGAGAGUGCCCCUAGGUUUUGGUGUAAGAGCUCCUAACUUGGCCAACAGUUCGGUUCCGGCGGCGCGCAGUCAAGUCGAGUCCUUGCUGGCAGUCGGUUGUCCUGGCGGGCGAGUGCCUAGUUAUCGAGUAGCAAAGUGUGCCGGCACCGGGCCAUGCAGUCCCCCCAAAAAACAUAACAUAACAUCAAAUCAUCCAAACACCAAAGAGCACCGAAGUGAAAAAAAGAAGAAUCUGCAAGAUACAAAAGUGCCAAAAGUAUGUGAGAAGAGGAGUCAAGUGUGUGAAAUGUAAAACCGCUCAAAAGCAAAAGCCAAAUCAAAAUUGUACAGGUCACUGCCCACGGAAAUUCCUGAAGAAAAGAGCUCAGCUACAAAAACCCAACAAAUCAAAAAUAAAAAAUACCAAAAUACAAAAAUUCAAAUCGAAAUUCAAAUCAGAAUCAAAACAGAAGCCGGAAAACAUGUGGAUUAGUAGCCGCUUCUUUGUGAUUCUCCUGCUGCUCAAUCUGGAUGCCACCUGCAGUGAACCGUUCGAAGCCCACCUGCGCGGCCCCGGAUUCGUGAUGGAGCCACCUGGUCGGGUGGAGUUCUCGAACUCCUCCGGCGGCUGGCUGGACUGCUCGGCCUCCGGAAGUCCGCAGCCGACGGUCGACUGGGUGCACGCGGAUGGAUCGGCGGUGACCGAGAUCCAUGGGGUGCGACGUGUCCUGCGGAACGGGACGCUCGUCCUGAUGCCGUUCGCCGCAGCCGCCUACCACCAGGAUGUGCACAACACGAUCUAUCGCUGCAUCGCCAGCAAUUCGGUGGGUCGCAUCGUCUCGCGGGACGUGCAAGUGAGGGCGGUCGUGGCCCAGGCCUACAAAGUGGACGUGGAGGUGCUAUCUGCCGCAAGGGGCUGCACGGCCAUUCUGCGCUGCGUGGUGCCCACGUUCGUCAAGGAACUGGUACGAGUGGUCUCGUGGGUUCAUGAACCCGCUAUCUACAUCUAUCCCUCGUUGCAAGGCGAUGGCAAAUUCCACUUGCUGCCCACCGGCGAGCUGCUCAUCCACAAUCUGCAGGAGAGCGACGAGUCGCAGUCCUUCCGCUGCCGCAGCAUGCACCGCCUCACCCGCCAGGUGGUCGUCAGCUCACCCACCCGACUGCGUAUUAAUUCGCAUCGCGGCAUCAUUUCGCCGAGCGUGGUGGAGCACACGGCUCAUGUGCAGGUGUCGCAGGACGAGGGCGCAGUGCUCCUGUGCGUUGCCCAGGGCUGUCCUUCGCCCGAAUACAGCUGGUUCACCCACAACGGAGCCGGACCCCUGCCCGUACUGAGUGGUCCUCGUGUCCGACUGCUCGGCCCCAUCCUGGCCAUCGAGGCUGUGACUGGCGAGGAUUCCGGCGUCUACAAGUGCACGGCCGGCAAUGUGGGCGGCGAGGCUAGUGCCGAGCUCCGGCUCACGGUGGCCACGCCCAUACAAGUGGAAAUCUCACCGAACGUACUCAGCGUUCAUAUGGGCGGCACCGCGGAGUUCCGGUGCCUGGUCACCAGCAACGGCAGCCCCGUGGGCAUGCAGAACAUCCUGUGGUACAAGGAUGGCCGCCAGUUGCCCUCCUCGGGCCGCGUGGAGGACACCCUGGUGGUGCCACGCGUCAGUCGCGAGAACCGCGGCAUGUACCAGUGCGUGGUGCGACGGCCCGAGGGCGAUACUUUCCAGGCCACCGCCGAGCUGCAGCUGGGAGACGCGCCGCCCGUGCUCCUCUACAGCUUUAUCGAGCAGACCCUGCAGCCAGGACCAGCUGUGAGCCUCAAGUGCUCCGCUGCCGGCAAUCCUACGCCGCAAAUUUCAUGGACACUGGACGGAUUUCCGCUGCCAUCAAACGGAAGAUUUAUGAUCGGACAAUACAUCACCGUGCAUGGCGAUGUAAUUAGUCAUGUUAACAUCAGCCACGUCAUGGUCGAGGAUGGUGGCGAGUACGCCUGCAUCGCGGAGAAUCGGGCAGGACGGGUGCAACAUGCGGCACGCUUGAAUAUUUAUGGUCUUCCGUACAUUCGACUGAUACCGAAGGUAACUGCCGUCUCCGGCGAGACACUGAAUCUGAAGUGCCCGGUGGCGGGCUACCCCAUCGAGGAGAUCCACUGGGAGCGUGGCGGACGGGAGCUGCCGGAUGACAUACGUCAACGUGUCCAGCCGGACGGAUCGCUGACCAUCAGUCCCGUGCAGAAGAACUCCGAUUCCGGCGUCUACACGUGCUGGGCGAGGAACAAGCAGGGUCACAGUGCCCGGCGGAGUGGCGAGGUGACGGUCAUAGUGCCGCCGAGCAUAGAACCGUUCGCCUUCCAGGAGGGUUUGGCCGAGGGCAUGCGGACGAGGACCGUCUGCGGGGUGUCCAGGGGCGAUCCGCCGCUGAAGCUGAUCUGGCUGAAGGACGGUGAUCCGCUGCCCGACCUUUUGGGGGCCAAUGUCACCAUGCUAGACCAGUACAGCUCCCUGCUGAGCAUUCCGUCGCUGUCGGCCACGCAUUCCGGCGAGUACACGUGCGUGGCCAAGAAUCCGGCGGCCGAGAUCAAGUAUACGGCCCUCUUGCAGGUCAAAGUGCCGCCUCGCUGGAUCGUCGAGCCCGUGGACGCAAAUGUGGAGCGCAACCGCCACAUCAUGCUGCAUUGCCAGGCGCAGGGAGUGCCCACACCCAGCAUAGUGUGGAAGAAGGCCACAGGCAGUAAAUCGGGAGAGUACGAGGAAGUCAGGGAACGUCCCUUCACCAAGAUCCUGGGCAAUGGCUCCCUGCUGCUGCAGCACGUGAAGGAGGAUCGCGAGGGCUUCUAUCUGUGCCAGGCCAACAAUGGCAUCGGCACCGGCAUCGGAAAGGUCAUUCAGCUGAAAGUGAACUCCUCGCCGUACUUCUCGUCCACGUCCCGCUCCGUGAUGGUGAAAAAGGGCGACACGGCACUGCUCCAGUGUGCCGUCAGUGGGGACAAGCCGAUUAACAUUGUUUGGAUGCGCUCGGGCAAGAACACGCUGAAUCCGUCCACCAAUUACAAGAUCUCGGUGAAGCAGGAGGCCACACCCGACGGAGUGUCUGCCGAGCUGCAAAUCCGCACCGUGGACGCCACCGACAGUGGGCCCUACUUCUGCCGGGCCAGCAAUCUGUAUGGAAACGAUCAGCAGCUGGUGCAGCUGCAGGUCCAGGAACCACCGCUGCCACCCAGUGUCCUGGAGGCGGCCAUGAUCAGCAGUCGAUCGGUGAACAUCAAGUGGCAGCCCAAGACAUUGGGCACUGGCGAUGUGACCAAGUACAUUGUGGAGUUCCGGGAGGCAGAUCCCUUGUUUGUGGACCAGUGGCAGCAGAUCGAGGUCAAGGAUCCGCCGCAUUUCAAUGCCAUGAUCGAGAACCUGAAGCCGGCGACACGUUACGCUUUCCGGGUGAUUGCCGAGGGCUCGGCCGGACGCAGUGCACCCAGUCAGGAGCUGAUUGUUCGCACGGAACCCCAACGCCCGGCAGGACCUCCACUGAGCCUCUCCGCCAGACCCCUGUCUUCCACCGAGCUGCUCAUCAGUUGGGUGGCUCCAUUGCCGGAACUGCGCCAUGGUGACAUUCAGGGCUACAAUGUGGGCUACAAGCUCUCCAGCUCAGGCAACACGGCAUACAACUUCACUUCCGUUUCCGGAGAUGGCGAUGGAGGCAAUGGAGAGCUGCUGCUCAGCGGACUGGCCAAGUUCGCCCGAUACACCGUAGUGGUGCAGGCCUUCAACCAGGUUGGGCCAGGACCUCUUUCGGAGCCCACCGCUGCUCAAACUAUGGAAGAUGUUCCAAGUCGGCCACCGGAGGACGUGCGCUGUGCCGCCUUAUCCUCCCAAUCGCUGCAGGUGUCCUGGCAACCACCGCCAAUUUACCACACCAAUGGCCUGCUGCAGGGAUACAAGCUGAUAUUCGAGCCCAUCAUCGAUGACAUACAGCCCAGCAAGGACGAAGUGGAGUCCAGGAAAACGACGGCACUCACCAUGGUGCUGACCGGACUGCGAAAAUACACCAACUACAGCAUUCAGGUUUUGGCCCACACGCGUAUGGGCGAUGGAGUGGUAUCGAAGCCAUUGUUUUGCCACAGCGAAGAGGAUGUUCCCGAGGCUCCGGCUGAUAUCAAGGUGGUGUCCAGCUCAUCGCAGUCCCUGUACAUCUCCUGGCUGCCCCCAAAUGAACCCAACGGCGUGAUCACCAAGUACAGUCUGUACACCCGCGUGGUGAACGGGCGCGAGGAGCUGAACAAUGAGAAACGUAGUCUGCCCUCACAGCAGGCCUAUUACGAAGCCAAGGGACUGCAUCCGCAUAUGGAGUAUCAGUUCUGGGUGACGGCCAGCACGCGAGUGGGCGAGGGCAAGAGCUCACGAGUGUCCUCGCAAAUAACCACGAAUCGCAUACCGGCUAGGAUCAUAUCCUUCGGUGGCCCAGUGGUCAGACCUUGGAGAUCCACCGUUACGCUACCCUGCACGGCGGUCGGAAAACCCAAGCGGGAGUGGUUCAAGUCGGAUGUGGCCCUGCGGCAAGGUGGACUGCACAACUCGCAGCUGUUGGACAGCGGCGAUCUGAUCAUCUCCAGCCUGCAGCUGGCGGAUGGGGGCAACUAUAGCUGUCAGGUGGACAACGGCAUUGGAACCGAUCGACUAACGCACACCCUGAUCGUCCAAGUGCCACCCACAGCUCCGGUGCUCUAUGUUACGAGUGCCACCUCGAGCAGCAUCCUGAUGCACUGGAAGUGCGGCUUCACCGGCAAUGCACCCAUCACCGGCUACACCUUGUUCUACCGGCGAGCCAACGGAAACACGGACGAGAUGCAGUUGUCCCGACACGCCUCCAGUCAUGAACUCAAGGGCCUGAUGUGUGGCAGCACGUACCAGAUCCACCUGAGUGCCCAGAACAAGGUGGGCACCUCGCCCACCAGCACCAUACUGCACGUGCGCACCCAGGGUCAGUCGCCUGGUCAUCCCGCCUCCACCGCCCUCUUGGCCCCCAACUCGACCUCGCUGUUGGUGCGCCUGCACUCCUGGCCGGACAACGGGUGUCCUUUGCUCUACUUCGUCCUGCAGUACCGGGCGGUCACCGAGGAUCCGGAUGCGGAGUGGGUGCUAGUAUCCAAUGCCUUGAAGCCACAGCGUCGCAUAGUGGUCAACAAUCUGCAACCAUCGACCCUCUAUCAGCUGCGCAUGGAGGCGCACAAUGUGGCCGGCAUCUCGCAGGCGGAGUUCAACUUUGUGACCCUGACCAAGGAUGGAGAUCCACCGCCGCCGGAAAUCAUGCACCGUGGCCGUAGUGGUCAAACCACGGUCAUAUUCGCCAACAUUAACCUGCUCAUCCCCACCAUUGCGGCGGUAUCCGGAAUGUUCUGCACCAUCAUCAUGAUCAUCGUUUGCUACAGACACAUGCUUAAAAAUGCACCACCGCUCGCAGAGCAAAGCCAAAUUCAGAAGGAAUCACUCGAGAAUCGAGCCAACUCAGAGGCUGCCCAGCGGGAGCGGUACUAUGCCACCAUUCACAAGGUGUCCAUGCAGAACAACGACAAGAUUCCAGAAACCUCCGAGGACAUCUCGCCGUACGCCACCUUCCAGCUGUCGGAGGCGGGGGGCAACAUGUCCCAGCCGCACCACGGCGGUCCGGCCAACACGCUGCUCCACUCGUUCAUGUACCACGAGCGGGCCCUGGCCGAGGGCUGCUCGUCGCCACCACCAGCCGCGGUACUGAACCCACCAACAACCACCACCCAUCACCACCACCACCACCAACGUCCACUAAAGACAAUUCAUAAUUAUUAUCAGACCUCACCGUUCCAUAAUAUCUCCAAGAACCGGCGGCGCCACUCCAGGAAGACGGAGCCGGAGAGCGAGGAGUCGGAAUCGGACCAGGACCAGCUCACCUCCAGUCGCACCGAGUCCUCCAACCAGCACGAGGGCAAGAUCAAGCACAGCAUCAUCUACCAUGGAGCACAGUCGAGCACCUCCUCCGAUCUGUCACCAAUGUCCGAACAGAAAUCAUUGCCCCGCCGCGGUCGCUCCAGGUAUCAUCAUCAGCAAUAUCAGUUUUCCACCAAUACCACACCGCGCCACCACAACAGCAACAAAAUGAACAACAACACCACCAGCAACACGAACACCACAGCCACCAAUACGACCGCCACACCAUCGACAUCCAGCAAUUCGAACAAAAUUUUAUCGCCGCGCGGCGGAAAUCUGAAAUCCAUAUCGAGCACCUUCAAAUCGCAAGACUCCAUACAGUGCCACAUACCCACAUUGGUCAAGUCGCCAUCGAUCAGUACACAGCAGCAGAAACAGUUCCACAAGCAGCAGUUGCAGAAUAGUAGUAACAAUGCCCAGCAUAGUAGCUCCAAUCCGAACAGUAGUAGUUUGAAGCAACAGCAGCCCCUGCUGAUCACGCCCAAGCUCCACCAGCUGGAGGCCAAUGGCCAGGAGCUGCUGGGGCUGGACGGGAUCGGCAAUAGCCCGUUGGUAGCCUGCAUGCCGCCCUCCUCACAGUUCCGCCCCAUACCCCACAAGUCCAUAAUGCCCGCGCAUGAGCCACCGCACCACCACAACCACAGCCAGCAACCGCAUCCCCACCAUCAGCAGCAGCAGCCGCAGCAGCCGCAGCAUCCGGGCACGCUGCUCAAUCCCUCGACGGCCAUGCUCUCCUCCAAGUUCUUCACAGCGCCCACGCUGCCCAAAUAGGAUACGGCCAA